CACGUGAUCAGCUAGCAUGCCCAUGCACACCCAAUCGGAAUUUCCACCGCGCGCCUUUUGUGGCAGGCAGGACGUGUUUGCUGCACUCUUACUGGCUGGCGGUAGUGUUGCCUACAUUAAUUAUCAACUGCUUCCAAGCGUGCAACAAUACGGCAUUCAUUCAAGGUAGAUCACCAUCAUCUUAAACGUCUGGAUCACAACAAAGCAGCAGGAUGGUGCAAGCAAUUGCAUUGGCAUCACGUACAGGAUGCGGUAAAAGUGUAAACUUGCGAUCUGCUAAAGCAUCUUCCUCGUUCCUAAAAAUCCAAUCACAUCAAUUGCACGAUUUAACAAUCAAGAGGAAGACUGGUUUGCCAAUCCAACGUGCCGGUCCAUUCGGAGGAGGUCGUUCAUCCGUUUCAGGUCAUGUCGCUACAGUUUUCGGAUGCACAGGAUUCUUGGGAAGGUAUUUGGUCAACAAAUUAGCCCAAAAGGGAACACAAGUUGUCGUACCUUAUCGUGAUGAAGAUGAAAAGAGACAUUUGAAACCUAUGGGAGAUUUGGGUCAAAUUGUACCAAUGGAAUGGGAUUUGCGAAACGAUGAACAAAUUGCUGAAUGCAUGCGUCACUCAGAUGUUGUAUACAAUCUUGUCGGAAGGAAUUACGAUACAAAGAACUUUAAGUUCCAGGAUGUAAACGUCACUGGAGCUGGACGUCUAGCUGCCAUUGCAGAGAUGUUGGGAGUUUCACGUUUCAUUCACGUUUCUCACUUGAACGCAGAUGUCAACUCUCCCAGCACCUUCUUACGUACAAAGGCAGAGGGAGAAGAAGCUGUCAAGCGUGCAUUCGAAGGAGCAACUAUUGUCCGACCUGGUCAUCUAUUCGGUCAUGAAGACAGAUUUUUGAACCAAAUGGCAAGCUAUCCCCUUCUAUGGCACGUCAAUCACAUGAAGACUAAGAUGCGACCUGUUCACUCGAUCGAUGUGGCACAAGCAUUGGAGGUCAUGUGCGAUGCUGAUAACACUUCUAUGGGUCAAACAUUCAGCUUAGCAGGGCCAAAAACAUACACCAUUGCUCAAAUGCUACAAUUGGUGGAAGCAUUAACAUACAACAAGAUUAUCCGUCAUGGAUUGAAUGUACCCAAGUUCGCUCUCAAAACUGCUACAAAAGUUGCUGAUUUGGCAUGGUGGCCUAUGUUCAGUCCUGAUGAGGUUGAACAAAGAUACCAUGAUGACAAAGCUGAUGAGCCUGGCACUUUAGGAUUUGCUGAUUUGGGUAUUGAGCCUGAUACGUUGGAGGAAAGAGCGAUCCUUUACUUGCGCAGAUACCGUAGCAAUUUGUACUUUGAACAACCUGUGGAAGGAUCUGGUAUGAAGCUCAAGAAGCAGAGAUACCAUGUUGUUGAUUAAGAGGGA